UGCAUUUUGCUAAUGUCAAAUCUAAAAAAUAAUGUAUUCCAUUGUAUUAAAAUUAAACACUCAGGAUAUUAUAAAUAGUGACAAUGAGAAUUUAAUGCACUUCUUAGUCGAUAGUUACCAUCGCAGGUGUUGCAAUUUUGUGAAAAUUAAAAACUGCAUUCAGUGAUUUUUUUUUAAUAUAACAACUAAAAAAGUGCGAUAAAAAGUUUUUCUGGAAUUACUAUAUCUAACCAUCUAACCAUGGUUUCCGAUAAAAAGGACGAUUCGUCGCAAAAUAUUUUCCUGAACACGAAUUUAAAGAAUCCAGUCCAAGAAGAUGCUGUCGUAAUAUCAGGUAUGUCAGGAAUUUUCCCAAACAGUAAUAACGUAGAUGAAUUCAAAGAUAAUCUGUAUAAUAAAAAAGACAUGAUUUCUACAAAUUACAUAGACAAAAUGAAAAAUGCGGAGUUAUCAGGUGAAUUAGGAAUGAUUCCACGAAAACAAGAUUAUGAUGCAGGGAAUUUUGGUGAACAUUGGAAGUGGGCGAAUUAUGCAGAUCCGUGCCACAGGUUAAUGUUUGAAACAACCUUUGAAGCAUUACUAGAUGCCGGAUUAAAUCCUGCAGAUAUAGAACAUACUAAUGUAGGCGUAUACAUCGGAAUGAGUUUCAGUGAAUCUGAGGCUUGGAUUUCCAAUCGUCCUGAACACCAAUUUACCUUCAUUAGUAUUUUGAAAGCAACUAUAGGGCCAAGACUGGCAUAUUAUUUAAAAUUAAAAGGUCCUGUAGUCAUUUUAGAUACUGCAUGUAGUAGUUCUUUACAUGCACUUGAAUUAGCCUUUAAGGAUAUAAUGGCUGGAGUUUGCGAUAAAGCCAUAGUAAUAGGAGCAAAUAUGUGCCUAAGAGUUGGUACCACCUUACAGUUUCAACGUUUAGGUGUUUUAAGUCCUGAUGGCAGAUGUAAAACUUUCGAUAUUAAAGGUAAUGGAUAUGUCAGAGCUGAAGCGGUAGUGAGUGUUAUUCUUCAAAAGGCUAAUACUGCAAAACGAGCAUACGCAGAGAUAAUGAAUUCGAAAGCAAAUAGUGAUGGAUAUAAAGAACAAGGAAUCAACUAUCCUUCUGGAGAGGAUCAAAAGCAACUUAUGCAAGAAAUGUAUGCUGAAAUUAACUUAUCACCAAAUAUUUUGUCAUUUCUAGAAGCUCAUGGAACAGGUACUACAGUGGGAGAUCCAGAGGAAUGCUACGCUAUAGACGACUUUUUCUGUAAAACUAGAAAAACUCCAUUACCUAUUGGAUCAGUUAAAUCGAGUAUAGGUCACACAGAACCUGUUUCUGGUUUGUGUUCUGUUGUAAAGGUUCUUCUUGCCAUGGAAUGUGGAUGGGUGUCUCCAAAUAUACAUUAUAAUGUCCCAAAUCCGAAUCUUCUAGGCAUUAUUGAGGGAAGAAUGCAAGUUGUUACGGAUCUUUUAGAAAUUAAAGAAGAAAACCCUAUUAUGGGGAUAAACAGUUUUGGAUUUGGUGGGAGUAACGCUCACGUCAUAAUUAAGUCUAUUACUAAAAAAGGCAAUGGACAACCAAACGAUGACUUAUCUAGGUUAGUUUUUGUAAGCGGUAGAUCAGAGAAUGCAGUCACCGUUCUGUUAAACGAUGUGAUAUCUAGACCAUUGGAUGUAAAUUACGUAAGGUUGCUACAAAGUACUUUUAGUAACUAUAUCAAGUCUCACAAUUAUAGAGGGUAUAAUAUUAUUUCUAAAAGUGGAGAAGUAUAUAGAGAAAUUUACGAAGUUCCCACUCUAAAAAUAUUACCCUUACACUUUCUUUUUGGUGAAUAUAAUAAUUGGGAAACUAGUCUCACAGAAUUUUCUUCUGUGCCAUGUUUUCAAGAUACUCUUCGUAGGUUGGAAAAAUGUUUAACAUGUAAAAACUUAUCGAUAAGUAGUACUAUUUUGAAUCCAAAAAAAGAAGUUAGAAAAGAGUUUCAUGUAUUGGGGCGUAUAAUUGUGCAAAUUGGUAUCUCGAAUAUUUUAAAAUCUCUGAAACUUCGUGUAGCUUCAGUGCAAGGAUAUUCAUAUGGAGAAUUAAUUUGCGCCUACUAUGAUAAUAUACUAACUCUGGAUGAAGUGUUUAAUUGUGCUUUAAUUUUAAAUGCAGAAUUCAACGCAAUUUCAACAGAACAGAUAAACGGACAUAUUGAACAUUCUAGCAAUUCCAAACAAGUACAACAAAAGUGGUCUAUUUCCAGAAAUAAUUUAGUUAAAAACUUACUAACCGUUUUGGAUACUCCAAGAUCAUGGACUAACGGUUCAUUGAAGACAAAAAUUGCAUCUGCCGAACACUUUGCAGAUGCAAUACUUCUUAAAACUGAAACGUUAGAUGAAGACCUGAAAUCUAACGCUCUAAUUUUCGCAGUUGGCUUAAGUAACUUGAAAGAGGCCACCAAUGGUUUAGAUUUAGAUGAUAUUGAAACAUUAAGUUUUCAUAAUUUCCAAACCUUUUUGGAAUGUCUAGGAAGUUUAUAUUUUCGUGGGCAUUUGUCUGCAAUUGAUCAGUUGUAUCCUAAGGUGGAAUUCCCAGUCAAAAAAGGUACGCCAGUCAUUUCCAGUAAAAUAAAAUGGAACCAUUCACGUAAAUGGUGGCUCUUCGAAGAGAGUACAAUAAAUUCGAAAGGAUAUUGCAAUAUAUUCGAUAUCUCUCCUUCUUAUAAUGCAUGGGAAUACAUCAAUGGACAUGUUAUAGAUGAUAGGGUCCUAUUUCCAGCAUCUGGCUACUUACAAUUAGUAUGGAUAACACUUGGACUGGAGGGUAAAUCACAUUCCAUAAUAUUUGAAGACUGUUGUUUUCUACGCGCUACCUCUUUUACUGGCAAUGCCAGCGUGGAAUUAUGUGUACAACUUACUGAUAGUGGAAAAUUCGAAAUUUCUGAAAGUGGUUCUGUGGUAGUAACAGGAAAAGUAACCAUCAAAUAUUAUGAAAAAGUACAAAUGAUCCCUUUAACUAAAGAAGGAAAUUUUUCGAAAGUUAUAUCUCAAAGGGAUGUUUAUAAGGAACUUCGAUUAAGGGGAUACAAUUAUACGGGACAAUUUAGAGGAAUUCAAGAAACUAAUAUAGAUGGUUCAAGGGCAGUAAUUAAAUUUACAAAUAAUUGGGUUACAUUCUUAGAUAAUUUAUUUCAGUUAAAAAUACUGGCACAAGAUACUAGAGGUUUAUAUGUACCGACAAUUAUUAACUCUAUUAAAAUUAAUUUUGAGGAACACGCAGAUAUUUCUUCUGCUCUUUCUGUACAUGAAGAUGAAUCAAUCUAUGAAGCUUUCUACUACAAAACUAUUGACUGCAUAAGGUCAGGCGGGGUUGAAAUUAGAGGACUUCAUGCUACUCGAAUUCAAAGAAGAAAAAAUCUUGGAGUUCCUGUACUGGAAUCAUACCUAUUUAUACCAAAUAACACUAAUUUGUCUUCUCAAGAAUCCAUACGAGUUAACACCCAAAUUUUACUUGAAAACACUCUUCUUUACAAAAUAAAAUGUGCUGAGAUUGUAGAUGCUGAAACUCCAGAUGACACUCUAAUUUUGUCUGACCUGGUCGUUGAAUGUUUAGAAGAUCAACCUUUGAUACAACAUGACGUAAUAAUACUUACCGAACUAAAUCUACAAACGAACUUAGCUGUAGAAAAUAAGAGUAUCCGUGACGAAACUGAUUGUUCUUUAAUUAUAGGUUCUAGACUCUUCAAACGACCACAGAUGCUGGUAGAUGCAACAAAUGCACUCAAAGACAAUGGAUUUAUUAUUUCUAGAGAACCUUUGGACUUUAAUCCAAAAACUAUAACCCAAAAUGAAAUAACAGUGAUAACAACGCAUAAUACUGGUAAAGAAGUGUUCGUUCUUUUAAAAAAAUGUGAAAAUAAAAGACCACUAACGUACAUUGAAGUUUCUGAUGAUCCAGAAUUUUCAUGGUUACCCAAAGUUCAAGCUGCAAUGAAGGGGUCAGACGAGGUGGUUGUUUAUUCCCAAAGUAAUCCAAUAAGUGGGUUAUUAGGAUUUACAAAUUGUUUAAUGAGAGAGCCAGGAUACCAGCGUAUUCGUUGCGUCUUAAUUCUGGAUGAGGAUGAGAAGUUUGAGCCUAAUUCACAAAUAUUUGGUGAUCAGAUAAAAAAAAAUAUGACUGUUAAUGUCUACAAAAAUGGACAAUGGGGAACAUUCAGGCAUUUACUAUUAAACCAAAACGAAGGAAUUACGUGCGAACAUUCUAUAGCUAAAGAACUAGUAAGAGGGGAUAUAUCUAGUUUCCGAUGGGUGCAAGGAACUCUUAACCACAAUAUUAUUCCUGAACCAGACAAGAUAUUAGUUGACAUAUAUUAUUCUCCAAUAAACUUUAAAGAUGUAAUGAGUGCAACUGGCAAAAUUACUGUUGAUGUAGCACAUACAUCAAAUAGACUACUUCAAGAUCAAAUUGAAGGAUUUGAAUAUUCUGGGAUUGAUCAAAACGGUCACCGAAUGGCAGGCUUUAACGUUGGCUCCUUCUCUAAUAUGAUCCUUGCUGAUAAAAACCUCGCCUUUAGGAUACCUGACUCAUGGUCUUUAAAAGAAGCAUCCAGUGUUACUUGCGUUUACUUUACAGUAUUAUCUGCCUUUUUUGACAGAGGCAAUAUGAAAAGAGGUGAUUCAGUUUUAAUUCACUCAGGAACUGGGGGAAUUGGCCAAGCAGCUAUAUUUGUAUGCUCACAGUAUGAUUGUAAUAUAUUUACUACAUGUGGUUCUGCGUCCAAAAAAGAAUUUCUAUUGAAGAGAUACCCAAAAUUAAAAGAAAGCCAUAUAGGAAAUUCGAGAGAUACAUCUUUCGAAAAAAUGAUAAUGCGAGAAACCGACGGAAAAGGUGUCGACCUAGUCCUUAAUUCCUUAUCAGAUGAGAAAUUAAUAGCCUCAAUAAGAUGCUUAGCAAGAGGAGGAAGAUUUCUAGAAAUAGGAAAAUACGAUUUAGCAAAUAACUCCCAGUUAAAUCUUAUGCUUAUGGAAAAAGAAGCCUCAUUUCAUGGAAUACAAUUAGACGGGUUACUGGGUGCACAUCCACGAGAUCACAAACAAUUAAUGGACCUCAUGCAAAGAGCCCUCAAGGAAGAUUUAAUUAAACCAUUAGAUGUAACUGCUUUUUCCCAUAAUGAACUAGAACAAGCUUAUAGAUUCAUGGCUAGUGGAAAACACAUCGGAAAAGUUGUCGUUGAAGUUCGACCCGAAAAUGCACCACCCACACAAUUUCAGACUCUGCCAAGGUUUUUCUGUAAUCCUAAUAAAUCUUAUGUUAUCCUGGGAGGUCUUGGAGGAUUUGGGUUGGAAUUAGCCGACUGGUUCGUCCUUAGAGGAGUAAGAAACCUAGUAUUAGUUUCCAGGAGUGGUGUAAAGACCGGUUAUCAAAAGAGCAGGAUUGAACGAUAUACAAAUGACUAUGGUUUAACUGUCAAAAUAUCCACGGCCAACGUCACAACGAAAGAAGGGUGCCAACAACUGAUCGAUGAAACCAAUGAUAUAGCUCCUGUGGGGGGAAUUUUCAAUUUAGCUGUUGUUCUGAAGGAUGCCAUCUUGGAAAAUCAAACUGUUGAUACGUACAAAAUAUCUCUGGCUCCUAAAGCUUAUGCUACUAAGUAUCUCGACGAAAUUAGCAGAAAAUCCUGUCCAGAACUAGAAUACUUUGUGAUAUUUUCUUCGGUAUCAUGUGGCAGAGGCAACUCAGGGCAGACCAACUAUGGGAUGGCUAAUUCAGUUAUGGAGAGGAUAUGUGAAAGGAGAAGAAAAGACAAUUUACCAGGUUUGGCCAUCCAAUGGGGCGCAAUUGGAGACGUUGGCCUACUCGCAGAUACGCAAGAAGACCACCGAGAGCUAGAAGUUGGUGGUACGUUACAGCAAAGGUUAUCCAAUUGUAUAGAAGUACUGGACACCCUUCUUGGACAAAAAUCUUCAGCAGUUGUUUCUAGUAUGGUUGUUGCAGAAAAAAAGAACCUAGGUGGAUCUGAAAACGUAACUGGCGCUAUUGCAAACAUUUUAGGUCUCGACUUGAAGACAGUACAAGAUACACAAACAUUAGCGGAACUUGGAAUGGACUCUAUGACAUCUAUUGAAAUUAAACAAUUAUUUGAAAGGGAAUAUGGAAUAUUCUUGUCUGCAAAGGAUAUAAGAAUGCUCACUUUUUCGAAGAUAAAAGAGCUAGAAGUUAAUAUAUCAAAUGAACAAGGAGAUGUAGUGUCAGAUGACAAUGAAACAGACUUUUUCACCAGAGGGUUGAAACUAAUUAUAACCACAUCUAAUGAUGAUGAACUGAUAGUACAACUAGAAAGUAACGUUAGUAAAAACGCGGAUGCACCUGUGAUACUCAUGAUCCCUGGCAUCGAGGGAUAUUCAAACAUUUUAAAACCUUUGGCAAGGAAAUUAAAUGCCCAUGUAGUAGCCAGUCACUACGACUUUCUCAAUACACCGAAAACCAUUGAAGAAAUGGCUGCAACUGAGAUUAACUUUAUCGAACGCAACAUCGACAAAAAAGAUCCUGUAUAUAUUGUGGCACAUUCGUAUGGAACUUGUGUAGCUUUGGAGGCUACUAACCGAUUAGAACAAAAAGGUUACAAAAUCACUUUAAUAUGUUGUGACGGCUCUCCAGAACUUUUCCAAGCCAUGUUUGCUAGAUCUUUUCCCCAAGACGAACAGGAGUUUGAGACAGAAUGUCUAAUUAUAUGUAUUUCAGAAUUCAGUAAGAAGGGCAAGGAAAUAAAAGAAGCAUUGUCACAACUGCCGACAUUAGAACAUAAACUGGUAAAAGCUACUGAAAUAGUGACGAGCCAGACACAAAUAUUAAGUAACGAACAAAUCAAAAAGAUAUUAGGGGGACUACUGUGCCGAUUAAAAGCUUGCAAAAAUUUCUCACCCAGAUAUUCGCUCAAAUCUAAGAUAAUACUUUGCAAAGCCUCCUUAGAUUCAGUGAAAAACUUUCCAAAGGACCUCAAAUUGGAAGAGACUUCUGGAGUAUCAAUUGAAUCAAUAGAAAUUGAAGGAGAUCACGUUUCAAUAACUGAAACUGACAAACUGGCAGAAAUAAUUAACGCUGUUAUACAAAAAUAAAUAUUUUAAUAAAUACAUUUUUAAAAAUA